AUGGGUGACCUCUCUGGUAUCCAUGGAGACCUGGCCGUUGACCUGUACCGUGGGCUGGCUGUUGACAGGCCGCAUGAAAAUGUACUCUUCGCUAUCUCCUCGGUGCUGGCCUUCCUCUCAGAGGGCUCUGGUUCUCAGACCCAGAAGGAAAUCCUCUCUACACUUGGGAUAAGCAACAGGGACAAUGCGAACAGAGCGUGCUCAGCUUGGAGAGUGCUGGUCGAGUCUCUAUCUCGGAGGGGAGGAGAGAUUCACCUGGCUACAGGAAGCUCCCUGCACGUUGAAAAGACUUUCAGGCUCUCUCCGAAGUUCCAAAACCACUCCAGAGGCAAGUGGGAUAAACCAUUUGUGCGCCGUCACACAGUGAACUGGUGGUUCCGGGUGAAUGGCCCACUGGCAGUAGAGGUGCCCAUGAUGUUCCGUGAUGACACGGAGGUGCUGAAGAUGCUCUAUGACACCAACUGCUCAUUUACUGUGGUGCGGUUGCCCUAUGCCGGGCCACUGGCCAUGUUGCUGCUGCUGCCCAGAGGAGAGAUGGGCCAACUUUGUCUUCACAUCUGUCUGUCAGUCACCAGGAUGAAGUUCUGGCUGACUAACCUCAAACCUGGACGGGCCGAAAUCCGCCUUCCGAAGUUUGUCCUGAGAAGGUUGUACCCCUUGCAGAGCAUUCUGAAGCCUACAGCAGUUCAGACCCUUUUUACAGACUUAGUGGAUCUGUCAGGCUUCUUCCCCAACAGGAAACUCGGCCUCCAGGCCAUGCAUGAAGCCAUCCUUGAGGUUGAUGAGACAGAGUCAGAGAGCCAGGGGGGCAAAAGUGCCAUGCUGGACUUCUCUGAACCUCAGAGUAUCAUCUUCGACCACCCAUUCAUGCUGCUCAUCUACCAUGAGCCCACAGGGACCAUACUACUUAUAGGAAAACUUACAAACCUUGCCGAGAACUAA